AUGCCGAACAAUGCCGGAAUUCUGUUGGAAUUGGUAUCCUUGGAUUUGAAUCUUUUGGAAAGGUCAUUGACGGAUUUGUUGAUCGCUUUAGGAUGCGACUCUACGUUGUGCUCUGAAUUUUCAGCUGAAAAGCUCAAGGAUGGGAGAUUUUACGAAACAUUUAGCAGAAGGAGCCGAAAUGAACGGAUUUACUCGUACUUUAGGUGCUUUAAGAACUUGGACCUUCAAGUCGACAAUUUCUGUAGGCUUUUGCACGUACACUUUGAGAGAGGGAUAGCUUUAUUGUACAGAUGCGGGUUUACCACCUUUACACGCAAGGUGUUUCUCUUGGCCUACGUGGAGAUUGUCUACGAUUUCUACCACGGGAUCCUCAAACAAACCACGCAGUACUCCAUACAUGACUGCCUCUACCUCUACAGGUUUUUUGUUGGCAUGGACUACAAGCUGAACAGUCUGAACUUGCAGAAUGUCUACAUUAGAGAUGAGAUUUACGACUUGAUCCUUCACACACUCUGGUACGCUCUAAAGGAUGCAUGGUGGAUGUACGUUUACGCUGAUGAGAUCAAGUAUCUCUUUCCGUUUUUGUCGCAUAUGAGAGUCCAGGAAGGACGGGAAAUUGAGAUUCGAGAUUUAGAACAUGUUUUGCAUAAUCUGCAAUUUGUCGUUACAGCGCUGAAUAUACAGGAUAAUUCAGUGGAUUUUAAUUUAUAUGGGAGCAUAAGCUGUGGUUCUGAUAUUGAAAACUGCAGUGUCUACGACCCAGGUGCAUUUAACCCGCAUGAUAUAUCUGAUUUGCACAUGGCAUACGGUGAAUCCACACUUGAUAUUUCAAUGAACAAGAGGGAUGUGUACGGGAAUAUACACACAGAUUGUAAUAUAAAAAAGGUUAUGCUAGAUGAAUCGGCAAAUAUAAACGACCUCGCAGGUGUAGAUAAUGGUGUACCAUUUGGUGCAAAUACUUUUGAUCUAGAGGAUACAAGUGCUGUGAAUGAUGAGGAAAAUGGGAUGCAGAAUGGAUUAACUACCGAGCAAGGUCCCCGUAAUCCUACCGCUUCUUCCAGUGUUACAUCUACACUAGACGUUAAAUUGCUGGAUGAAUCUAUAAGCAACUUGCAAAUGUACAUUAAAAAUAUGAAUGAAAUUGGUAGCCUGGAAUUUCCUCGUGAACAUGUUUUUUCGCAUAUAGAAAUGGACAUGGCAGAUUCUAGUAGUAUAGAUACAGAAGAAGAGGACCCUGUGGACGCGGAUGGAGAGAAUGAAAAAAGGUCUGAUUCUUUGCCAAUGAAUUUUUCGCUUUCAUCAGAAAAUGUAAAAACAUCUGUAGAAUCCACAGAUAGUUUUUACAAGGAUACGCUUUGGCCAAAUCUCAUUUGCAAGUCCUUGGUAGGAUCCAUUUAUGUAUUCCUUUUUGAAUCUUAUUUACGUGUACAGCAUGAAUCUUUAAAUCGCAACUUUUCAAGUUCUUCCACUUACAUUUAUCAAAUGUGCACAAAACUUGAAAAUUUGAGGACGCUUUGGAGUAUUAUAAAGCAAGUGAACUCAAAAUGGACGGAGAACUCUGGAACUAGAUUUUUAUUUCCCACAAUUUCAAGGUUGACUUUGUUACAUAAUAACAUUAUGCGUGCGAUCUCAGCAGAAGCCUCACGUCCUACUAUAAACUAUUUAAAGGGGCUCCAUUUUAUGGACGACUCACAGUUAUAUAGGGAAAUUUUGUACAAUAAAGAGUUUUUAAUCGGACCAGAUGGCCCCCUUGCACUGCAUAUAAAAAUAUUACCGACUCGCUACAAGCUACAAAUUUGCAUGCAAGUUUUUGGACCUAUCAUCAUGGAAUAUGCCUCUAGACCGGUGAAUGAAGAAUCGGCUAUAUUUGACUCUUUGGCGCUCUGGGAUUCAAUCGUUUCAGUUGUAGACAUUAAUGGUAACCCAGGGCUUAUUGAAGAUGAAAACAUACAGAUGUUGGCAUAUUAUUUGGAGGAAAUAAAAUUUUCCGCUGAUGUCAAGCUGGAUAAUUUGGUUAGACGUAUGAAUAAAUGUGUUAGCAUGGACACUAGAAAUGACGCUAUAGACGAGUAUUUCAGUAUAAAUGAUUUAAACUACAGAGUUCAAGACCGUGUAAGUGACCGAAAAAGUAUGGAUAGUCUCAGCUGUAAUGCUAAAUGCAAAUCCUUGGACGAUUCCAACAGCGUUGACAACUUGAGGGCUGAGCCACUUUUACAUAAAGACACAAGUACGCCAAAACUAAUGCUUAAUUUGGGUGACAAUGUAAUCAGAUCUGGUAGUUUUUACACUAGUAAAAGUGGAAGAUCCUAUAUCACGUCAAGGCCAAACAGUGGGUUAUCUUUGGAGCAAGACGAUACACAACGUACUAGUCAUGUAGAAGAUAUGCUUAUAGAGUAUAUUUAUGAUAUAUUGAGUGACUUUGUAAUAUAUCCAGAAAGAAAGACACACCUUUUAUAUUCCAAUGUCUGGAUAAACGGAGCUAGGAGGAAAAAGAUACUUCUUUUUGGUUCACUUUUACUACUUUUCCGUGAAAACUCUCUUUUACAGCCGGUUGGAUUUAUAAACUGCAACUCUAUUACUUCUAUACUUUCUCCAGAGACAAUUGUUCAAAUUCAUCCCAAGAUUGAACUUUUGGAAAACAUGCCAAAGGGUGUUUACGCGAGUGAAUCAACUAGUCGUGAAGGGAGUGUAUGUGACCCAGGUGAUCGUACAUCGCAUUGCAUUGGUGAAGUUUUACACGCAGAUUCAUAUACACCAUCAAACGUUUGUUGGGGAUGGAGAAUGCGUUUGGAACUGAGCGACAUUUGUGUAACAAAGUUGUCUGGAGAGGAUAGUCAAACCGAGUUUGUUGACUUUGAAUUUAUGAACCCGGAACAUCGCAAAAUUUGGUACAAGAGGGUGAAAUCAGCCGUAAAGGAUGCACAAUGUAUAAAGGAUAUUUGUUGCAACAAGGAAACAAUUUCAUGGCCAUAUCACACGUUAUUUUUUGAUUCAAUUUGA